GGCCUCAAGCCCCGCCCCCGCGCACCGGCGGCGAUGGCGGCGGCGGACGAGGAGCAGGGCCCCGGGGAACCGGACGAACCGGGCCCCGAGGAGUUUGUGUACGGGGAGGAGGACUUCGUCGUGCAGGCAGCCGGCUGGGAGGCCGAACCGGACUCCGCGCUGUCCCGCUUCGACCGGGCGCUGCUGGACAGCUGGACCGACAGGAUGGAGCGCGGCUUCUUUCGGUACCAGCUGGGGCCGCUGCCCACUCGCGUCCUGCCCGGCCCCAUGCGCCUGGUGGCCCAGCUCAACGUCCAGCGCAGCACCGAGCGCCGGCCGCCGCAGCUGGUGCAGAGCCUCCGGCAGCCCUUCGACCCCCGAGCCUUCAACUUCACGCGGCUGCGGCGCGGCGAGGUGCUGCUCCGGCUGCGCGGGGCCGGCCCCGCCGCCCGCGACCCGCUGCUGGUGGCCAUCAACGCCAGCCCGCUGGAGCGCGGCCACGUCCUGCUGCUGCCGGAGCCGGCGCGGCGGCUGCCGCAGGCGCUCACGGCGCCGGCGCUGCACGGGGCGCUGGAGGCCGCGUUCCUCAGCGCGCACCCGGGCUUCCGCGUGGGCUUCAACGGGCUGGGCGGCCGCGCCUCCGUGAACCACCUGCACCUCCACGGCUUCUACCUGCCACGGCCGCUGCUGGUGGAGACGGCGCCGGCCGAGCCGCUCUGCCGCGGCCUCAGCCUCCUGCGCGCCGUCCCCGCGCCCGCCUUCCUCUUCUACGCGGCGGGUCCCGCGGCGCUGCCGGCGCUGUGCCGAGACGCGUGCCGGGCCGCGGAGCACCUGGCGGCCGCGGGCCUGGCCUGCAACAUCUUCGCGACGCGGGGCGAGGCGCCGGAGGGCGGCGGGGCCGGGCGCGGGCUGCGGGUGCUGCUGUGGGCGCGGCGGCCCAGCUUCGGCGGCGCGGCGGGCGCGGGCCUGGAGGUGGCGCUGUGCGAGCUGGCGGGGUACCUGCCGCUGCCCGCUGCGCCGCUCUUCCAGCGCAUCACCGAGCAGGAGGCGCUGGGCGCCAUCCGCCAGCACCUGCUGCCGGAGCCCGAGCUGCUGAGCCUCGGCCGGGAUCUGGCGCGGCUCCUGCAGGGCUGACCGGCGCCGGCGGAGGACUGCGCGCCAACGGCCGCGGGGGCGCUCUGCCCGGCGGCGCCCCGCGUCUCUACGCUUCGGGGAGGGGGCGUCGCGACGCUGUCGCCAUGGCAACGGGGCGGCCGCCGGCAGCGGGCGCGAUGGAGCCCGGCGGCGGGGGGCAGAGCGCGGCCCCGGCAGCGCCCCCGGGCGGGCGGGGCUCGGCCCCCGGCAUCCCCGACCCCGAGCGGCGGCGGAGGCGGAGGAAGCGCAGGCGAGUGCGGCGGGAGGGCGGGCGCCGGCCUGUGUGUCUGCCGUUACCGUGGGGCGGCGCUGCCCCGGAGCCCCGGCCUGCCUGCACACCCCCCGGGGCCGCCUCCGGGGACCUUCCGAACCGCAAUAAACGCUCUUCCCCUGAAACCGUCCCGGUAAUCCCGACCCUGCCGCGCCCGAGGGCGGUCCCGUGGUUAGGACCCUCUUUGCCGCGCUGGCUCCGGUCACGUUUCCCGUCAGCCCCGCGGCCGUUAGCCCGGGCUCUGUGCGUGUGUGAUGCGCGAACGUCCGUCCCGCCGGGGCCCGGGGCGGCGCCGCGGUUCCUCACUGAGCAGCUCUUCUGUGGUCUCUCAAUUGCAGUGUUCCAGCCAUCAACCUGACCACCUGCAGGUACGAGAGCGGUAAGUCCGGGGCGCUGCAGGACGUCCCUUGGGUGCCACCGACAGCGAGGGAGAAGGGCUGGUGCCGAAUCCUCACCCCACACUCGCUUUGGUUUAAAUAUUCAUCGGUUGCAAGUGACCUGGGCCCGUGUGAGAUGUGGGGUGUUGCACCCCCUGGACCGAGGUGCCCUGCUUUUGCCGUAAAUCUACUAAAAUUGGUGACAAGGAAUCAUGGAAUCCCAGAAUUCCCAGGUUGAAGGGACCUCAAGGACCAUCUGGUCCAACCUUUCCAGGCACAGCAUGACCCAGACUGGAUCUCCCAGCACCCUGUCCAGCCCAAUCUUAACAGCAUCCAGUGCUGGGGAGUCACCACUUCCCUGGAGAGAUUAUUCCAGUGACAAGGGUUUAGUUAGGGGCAGUUACAAUGCAAGACCAGUACCUGUGCUUCCGUUAAACAUAAAGCCAGUGAUGGAACAGGCAGGAUCGGUUCCUGGAGCUUCUCCCUGUGCUAUCUGCUUCCAGUGACAUGCUACAAGGAGCUGGUCCCCUCCUGCCCUGCUCCUCUUCACUGCCACAAGCUCUAUCUUAACAUCCAUCAAAUGCCAGGAGCCUGUUAUUAGCCGGUUUGCUAAUGACUGUUCUCACUGUGUGACCACUUUGUUGAAGGUCACAGCAUGAGGAACAGAGUUUUUUAAGCAGCAGGACAGGCGCUGCACGUUUCACCUGGGUCCAUGCUGGGGCAGUUUGGUGGCGGGAGGCAGAUGGGACCCGCAGCAGGAGGUGGUUGGCAGGAACCAGAACCAUUUCACAACGGUUCCUGGCGUGCAGCGACCUUCAUCAACUCCCCAGCCCCGCGAGAGGCCCGAUUCAGCACUGGGGCUAACACAGACCUUCUGCUGCAGGGCUUGUGUGUUCUGCUGCUGGUUUGCUUUUGAUUUCAAAGACCAAACUCAUGCCUUCAGAAGGCUCGUGUCUGCCCAUGUGGUGUCAGACCCAUGGUGGAUUCAAGCCUGCUGUAGUUCAGGAGGGACCCCGAGCACAUGGGCUUAGAGGGCUGAUGGCUCCCCAUGCACCUGCAGCCAGGGGCUGGGCUGGGUUUCGGCAGGUAACACUUGUGUCCUGGACACCUCCCAAGGGUCCCGCCGGUGCCCUGCAUCUCAGAGGGGAACUGCAGCUGCAGAGGUUGGCUCCACACUCUAGCCCUGGUUCCCGUGGGGAUUUAACAGACUCUGGUACUUAGAUCGUCUGCCCGGCCCUUGUCACCUGCUUGCUUUGGUACAGUGCGGCGGGCAGCACGGUGCUGCGGGCUGAGAGAGGUGGGAGAAAAUGAGGAGUGGACAGUGUAUUGGACGGACAACUCGGUCUCCUUGGAGCGUGUCAUGGAAAUGAAGCGCUUUCAGGUAACUGCCCCCAUGGAAAGGCAGGAAUUGCCCAGGAAGGAGGGUGAGAUGGGGGCUGUUAAUGGAACAGUGCCCACACCAGCGCCUGGGCCCCCUUCUCUGCGCUGGUUCCGGACAUUCACAAGCCUUUACUGCCGUUGUGCCUCUGGUACGGUGCCAUCAGCAGCGCUCAGGCAGUUAGUGGUGUGAACUGGAAAGUUGCCAGCCCCUUUAAUGUAGCAUGAAAUAAAUGGUUAUGAUGACAAA